AUGUACCCUGGAGAAAAACUUUCUACAUAUACCCAGGAGAGGAAAGCUUUUGGUAAAAGGUCAAGUCUUACUUUAAAUCAGAGAAUUCAUGUUAGAGAACAACCUUAUAAACAUAAUGAAAUUGGGAAAGCAUUUAGUCAGAGUUCAAAACUUACUGUACAUCAGAGGACUAGUACUGGAGAAAAACCUUAUAAAUGCAAUGACUGUGGGAAAGCAUUCAGUGAGAGAUCAAAUCUUAUUGAACAUCAGAUUAUUCACACUGGAGAAAGACUUUAUAAAUGUGAAGAAUGUGGGAAAGCUUUCAGUUGGAGGAGAAUUCAUACUGGGGAGAGACCUUAUAAGUGCAAUGACUGUGGGAAAACCUUCAUUAUAAGCUCAAGACUUAUUUUACAUCAGACGAUUCAUAUGGAUGAGAGGCCUUACAAGUGUGAUGAAUGUGGGAUAGCCUUCAGUCAGAGUUCAAAACUCACUGCACAUCAGGUUAUUCACACUAGAGGGAAACCUUAUAAAUGUGAUAAGGAUGGGAAAGCCCUCAGUCAGAGUUCAGACUUCCACAUACAUCAGAAUGUUCAUACUUUUAAGAAACCUAAUAAAUGUAUUGUUUAUGAGAAAGCAUUCAAUCAGAAUUCAAAACUAGUUACACAUCAGAGAAUUCAUAGUGGUGAAAAUUUUGAUAAAUUUAGUGGCUAA